AUUUCCUUCAUAUUGUUGAGGGUGUUCUUGUGGUUUGACUCCAUGUUUUUGAGUUGAAUUUUCAUCAAGUCGAUGAUCUCAUUUUUUUGUUGUACUGCGGCUUCAUUUUGAGUGAUUUUUCUUUUGAGCAAAUCGAGCUCAUCGAUGCAGGAGCACUGGAAUUGAUUUUUGUAGUGAUUUUAUGAUAUCAUCAGUGUACGCAUUACGGUGUUAGUAGAGCUCAUUUUAGGUUGAACUUUUAAGUCAUUUUGAAAGUGACGUUUUGUUUCUUCGGUCAAACAUGAAUACUCGGAAGGAGAAAAAAUUUAGACCAAACAAAAUCCCGCGUUUUUUGCCCUCUAAAGCUACCCAGCAGCCAGCUCUUCGAGAUCUGGAAGCUUACAAUGAACAUAGGUACAGAGUUUUUACCGCCCUACCCAAAAUUGACGAUCAACCUUGUAAAUUUAAAGUGGCAGAUUAUUUGAAAAGUAGAAAGGCUUACGAUGACGCCCGUAGACAGCAAACCAUUGAUAAAGAGAAUAAGGCCAUAUUGAAAAAAAUUGUUCACAUAAAUAGGACAGGGGGUUUAGUUGAUUGCUUCUAUUACAAAGCCUGCAUGUAUAAUAGCAAUAUUGAGGAACUCAACAACUCUUAUGAAAAAAUUAGAAAACAUAAUUUAAAGCUGUAUAAUAACCUUUUAAAAGCAAAAUCUACGUAUGAAAAAGAAAAUAUGGAUAACUUGUGGAAAAAGGUUUACCAUCAGAUAGAACACAAUUGCAAAUACGAUUUGGUAAUCUUUAAAAAAGAAUCAGAAGAUAAUAAAUUAAAAUUGUACCCUUCUUUGACUCAGAACUUGAACAUUGAAUUAUCUACCGAAAAUUCCAAACAAUAUUGUUAUUUAGACUUUAGCGAAAAAAAUGGUCGAAAAAUUGGUCGAGUAUACAUUCAACUAUACAGCAAUAUUGUUCCAAAGACCGUUCAAAAUUUUUAUGAGAUGUGUUCUGGGCAAAAUGAGUUCGGGUAUACAUACAAAAACGCGCUUGUGUACCGCAUCAAAAAAGGGCAUUACAUGGAAACGGGCGAUAUUACUUACAACAACAGCCGGGGUGGAGUUUCUAUAUAUGGAAAACGUUUUCGGGAGGAAAAUCAUGAAUUGAAGCAUUCAAGACCUGGUGUUCUAUCGAUGGUUCGAGUGGGAAAACGGUCCAAUAAUUCAAAAUUCGUUAUUACUUUUGCCCCCAUGGAAAUCCUUGAUAAAAAGAAUGUAGUUUUCGGGUCGAUUUAUAAAGGUAUGAAAGUUUUAAAGAUAAUCCAAGGAUAUGCACGGAAAAUUGGAAAACCCAUGGCUGAUAUCAUUAUUUCAGAUUGUAAUGUGAUAAAUAAACAAUAAUAUUUCAUUUAAAAGUUUUAAAUUAAAGCAUAUUAU